AUGGACACCAGCAUGUCGGAAAAGGCCAUACUUGGCAGCUUUGUGCCUCCUCAGGAGCACUCACCACCCGCGUACGAGGAGGUACAACCCAACCCUGUCUCCGCCGCCAUCUCUGCACAGGGCACCCUCUUCCCCCCCGAAUGCAUCUUCACAUACCGUCUAUCACAUUCCCACUCAUACCUCGGAGCCAAAAGAAACGAACCUCUCUUCCUGGUCAAGACGCCCCGCCUGCUCAUGGGCACCGGCGACAUCCUCCUCCUCAACGGCACUGAUAAGCUCGAUACCCCCCUCGCAUCUGCCGGCGCUCUCAAAAUUCGGAGCGGCACCACCUGCGCCUCCCACCUCCGUCUCAAGCCUCGUCUCGGCGGGUCAUUCACCCAGCCCAUGGAUAUCGAUGUCACCGUGGGCACGAAGAACAAGUACCAGUUCACUGUCCCCGUCGGCCCCGCCAACCGCGCCGAGACGUUUGAGUGGCGCCAGAGCACCGGCGAACUGGUCCGUAGCCUGGCCGGGGGUUUCCAGUACGGGAUGAAGCUGGUUCGCCUCGACGGCCCUCCCGGCGGCAGCGGCGGCGACCAGGAUGGCAAAGUGACCGUGGUGGGAGGUGAUGGUAAACCCAUUGUAGCUGUCUUCGCGGCCAUGCGCCCGCAAGCUAAUAAUGCCAAAUUCCACUUCAUGAACGAGGGAGCUACGGGCGAGUUGGGCGAGGUGUUUGAGCUCGCCGCCAUGAUCAGCUUUAUCCGCCUGUUUGAGUUUCAGCUGUCUCAGGGCGGAGUUGCUAUCGGGCCUUGCUUUGGCUCGAUUGCCCGCCCGUGA